GCUAUUACCGCCGCACCCCCGCGUACCUGCCCCUGCGGCGGCGGGAGCGCCGCGGCUGCUUCGCGGUGCCGAUGGUGCACUCGACGUUCCUGCUGGAUCUGCGCCGGGAGCGCUCGGGGGCUCUCGCCUUCCACCCACCCCCCCCCGGCUACGGCGGCGCCUUCGACGACAUCAUCGUGUUCUCCUUCGCCUGCCGGCACGCGGGGGUGCAGAUGUUCGUCAGUAACCGGGAGGUGUUCGGGUUCCUGCCGGUCCCGCUGCGCUCCCACAGCUCCCUGCGGGACGAGGCCGACAACUUCCUGCACGUCCAGCUGGAGAUCAUGGUGAAGCUCCCUCCGGCCGAGCCCUCCCCCCACGUGUGGGUGCCCCCCAAGGUCCCCGACAAGAUGGGCUUUGAUGAGGUGAGUGUGGCAUUCCCUCGGGAUUUUGGGAUGGGAUCCCUCUUCCCUUUCGGAUUUGGGGUCAUUUUUCCCCCUUCCCUUCCGAAUUUUGGCUUGUUUUCCCACUUUUCUGCUGGAUGUUGCUCCCCUCCCCUUUGGAUUCCAGUUGGAUUACUGGAUUUUGGGUGAUUUUCCCACUUUUCCUC